AUGGAUCGCUUUAAAAUGAUUUUUCAGUACUUCCAGUCCAACUCAGAAUCGGUGAUGAAUGGAAUUUGUGGGCUUCUAGCGCUGGCUAGUGUGAAAAUCUACAAUUCCCUAGACUUCAACUGCCCAUGUCUUCCCAGAUAUAACAUGAUGUAUGGCAUGGGGAUAAUGUUUGUGCCUCCAAUUGCUCUCUUCCUUUGUGGCCUCAUUUUGAACAGGCAAUCGGUAAUAAUGAUUGAGGAAUGGCGCAGACCUACCGGACACCGGAAAAAAGACUUGGCGAUUGUAAAGUAUAUGUGCACCUUUGUGUUUACAAGAGCUAUGGUGGCUCCUGUGGUGUGGAUACUGACUACGCUGUUGGAUGGAAAUUGCUUUGUCUGUGCAUUCAGUGGCUCUGUAGAUCCUGACAAAUUUCCAGGCUUUGCCAACAGCUCUUCACCAGAAACGCAGCACCUGCUGUACAAGGUGCCCUGUAAGGAGGAUGUCCUAAUCAGGAACAAUACUUCAAGGAAAGCAGUAUCGAGAUAUUUGAAAUGCUGGUCACAGGCUUUAGGAUGGGGCAUUCUGUUGAUCUUAAUUAUUCUGGCAUUUCUGGCUCGCUCGCUUAAGCCUUGCUUUGACCAAACUGCCUUUCUACAAACACGCUACUGGAGCAACUACAUUGAUAUCGAGCAAAAGAUCUUUGAUGAGACAUGCUGCGAACAUGCACGGGACUUUGCCCACAAAUGUAUCCUCCAUUUCUUUCAAAGCAUGCACAAUGAAAUGAAGGUAGCCAAUUUUACCAAGAAGUCAGAGGAUGAAGAAGACCACAUCCAUGGAAUUACUGACAAGGAGCAGGUUAACAAACUGUUGAAAUAUUGGUACCAGAGUAAACCUCCACUUUCUAUUAACUACCCAACUCAGCGACAACACAUUAAAGGGAAAAGCAACGGCUGCUGCUUGGAAGAUCAUAAACAGACAGAUGUGUAA